UUGCGAUUGCACCGUGACGUGCAAGACAUGUGGUUAUUCUAGUUAUUGUCGUGGAAAGACAACAAUGUCAAAUUUCACAGUUUCUGUGUAGCGAUACUGUCGAUUUUUAGCUGAAGAGUAAAGAAGAUUGUUCAGGAGGGAGUUGACAGGAAUCUACUCUGCAGCAUCUCAAAUGGAGCUCCUGGAAGAUUCGGAGACGCUCGGCUGUUACCUCGACAUCUCGGCAGCCGUCGAUCAACACUUACAAAAGUUCUCAUCCACCGACUGCCAGGGUGUGUCUGGUGUAUUCGAUGCACACAGCCGCACGAGUCAUGCAAUGGACAGCGCGGGAGAGACUGAGGCUCAUGCUCUGUGGGAGAGUUGGCAGAAGCACCUGGCAGAGGGCAGAACCGACAAGCUUGAGACGGCAGCCAAUUCGACCGCCGGUCAGCGUCGUGUUAAGCUGUCCAGCAUCUCGUUCGACAUAGGAAUAGAAGCCGGUGAUCUGACAAGCCUACUAGAACAGUUUGAGCAGCAGAGCGAUGACCUGCCGCCCCCGGCAUUGUCGUCAUCAAUGACUUGUGCUGGCAGAGAGGGCGCCGUGAUAGACAUGUGUUUCGUGGCGCCGCUGCCGCCACUGACGGUGGAUACGUGGUCCAGCCACGUGAGUGAACACGAACCGAACACGUUCCAAGACCUCACCCCCGUUGCCUCGCCCGAUAAAUACAUGGAUUUCUGCCAAGACGGAGCCAUCGAAACCGUGCUGAGCACAGCGGUGGCUCCCCCUGCGUCAGCAGUGUCGCCACCUGCAUCCGCGGAGGUUUCGGAUGUUGCGGCCAGCAAGGCUGAAGAGACGACGAGGUCUCACGAUAGUAUGAGAGAUGGGAAGCCAGCGAUCGAACCUGUCGGUCCGACGCCGCCUGCCUCGCCACCGAGGGAGCCACCGAGGGAGCCACCGAGGGAGCCACCGAGGGAGCCACCGAGGGAGGUCAUUGAGAAGAUCAAGGCGUCUAACAAGGUCAAGUCGGCGAUCAUGAUCAGCGAGCUGCCGGCACGGCGCGCCCAACGCGGGCGCCCCCUGGAACACUACACGGCCCUGCGGCAGCGCCACCUGGUGUGCAGCGAACCCGUCGCGCCCUACGUGCCGCUGAGCAGGUCGAUAAAGCUCAGACAGGUGGAGCCGGCAUGGGCGAUGGAUCACGAUUACUGCGCAUCGCCCGCCGCGCCCGACGACGACGCGCUGCCUGCACAGCGGCGCCCUCGCGUGGCGGCGAACGGCGAGCCGGCGCCCGAGCCGACGAGCGCGAAGAUCGCGCGAACCCUGCAGGAUAUCGUACGCAUGGCCGAGCGAAAGAUGGCCGACGGCGGCAGCGGAGGAGGCGGGGGAAGCCGGCUGCUGACGCGGCACAACCCGACGUCCGUCGCCAUGGCGACCGGCAUCGUCGCCGCCGACGCGAUGCCGAUGGGGAUGCUGGGUCGCGUGGAGGCGUCCGGAGACGAGGACGCUAGCAGCCUUCACAACAGGCUGCCCGGCUAUCAGACCUGCUUCACGCGAUCCAGCCGCUACCGAUCGCGGGAUCGGCCGUCAUCGUCGCCGCGGCAACGCGUGAUCGCGCAGCCUUGUCAGCCGCCGACACAAGUGAAGAUGGAGGGAUCGACGCAAGUGAAGAUCGAAGGAUCGAUGCAAGGGAAGAUAGAUGGAUCGACGCAAGUGACGAUCGAGGGGUCGCCGCGGUGCGGAAGCGAGGGGUCGCCACGGUGCGGGAGCGAGGGAUCGUCGCGGUGCGGGAGCGAGGGAUCGUCGCGGUGCGGGAGCGAGGGAUCGCCGCGGUGCGGGAGCGAGGGAUCGUUGCAUGAUGUUGUAAAGAGCGAGGGAUCGCCGUGUGAGAGUGAGCUGCACAAUGGCGGAAACAGCAACGAGAGUGGGUGUGACGCAUCAAGCGUCAGCAGCGGCUGCCGUCUUAAUUCCAAGGAUGACCGCUGUGUGUGGGACGAUCGCGCAAACCCAUCUUCUGCCGACCACCAGCUCACUGAGAGCAAGAAUGUCUCGCAGGCAUCCCCCGUUCAGCAGGAUCUGACUGAUAAUGCCUUUCAGGCACCUUCUGAUCAGCAGAAUCUGACUGCUGCUGCCUCUCAGACACCCCCUGAUCAGCAAGGUUCGACUGCUACUGUUAAUGUGGAGGACGCAUGCAAUAGUACUGCUGUCAGGCAGAAGGUUGUGAGCGCUGCCGUCACAUGCGACGCACGCGCAGACCGCCAACCCUCGCCGCACGAUGUGUCGGCCGGUCGUCGGCGGCAGGGCAGCAGCACGGACGAGGCUGAAGCAGUGAUGGAAGUGGACGACGACGACAGUGUCUACGGCGAGGAGCGGUUGGACGACGACGCGGCGGACUCGACCCCGGACUUAUGGGAGCAGGCGGUGACGCAUGCGGACAGCCGUGACCUACGAUACGUUCCCAUGUCUGCGGAGAGGGCUGAACGAUGUCUUACGGUGUCCCCGCAGGCAGGGCGCAUGUCUGCGGAGACGGCUGAACGAUGUCACACCGUGUCCGUGCAGCCGUGGCACAUGUAUGCGGAGGUGGCUGAUCAACAGCUGAGCAGAUCUGCGCAUGCAGAGCACAUGUCUGCAGAGCGCAGGUCAAGGUCUAGUUCGACUGGACGAAGCAGGUUGAAUUCAUGGAGGCUGCAUCCUUGUGCUACCAACACGACCGUGUUGCUUUGGUUACCGGGUCAAGCUUUGCUAAUCAUCAGUGCUCUUGAGCUAAUCUGUGGUCGUCGUGACGACAGGUCGCGCUCUCGGCUGGCGGGCAGCAGGGACGACGGCGGCGGGAGGAGGAGGAGGCAGAGGAGGCGCGACGAGGACAGGCGCAGGCUGGAGAAGCGGCGCGAGCGGCCGCAGCAGGCGAGUCGUCAGCGCGACCGCUUCUGGAGCUGGAAGGAGAAGGAGAAAGCCCGGCAGAUUGAAGAGCGGAGAAUUGUUUACGUGGGAAGAAUAAAGGAUGGCACGACGCGCAAGGAUCUGAAGCGGAGGUUUAGUCGGUUCGGCCCAAUAGAGGAAGUCAGCGUGCAUUUCCGUGAGGAUGGGGACAACUAUGGAUUUGUGACGUUCUCAUACAAGUGUGAUGCAUUUGCAGCUAUAGAAGAAGGAAAUAAUGAUCCCGGUGAACCAAACUACGACCUGUGCUUCGGAGGAAGGCGCCAUUUCUGUGGCAGCAGAUACGCAGAUUUAGAUAACAUGCCGGAGGAGUACGAGGACUACACGGCGGCGCCCUCUGUGUCCGAGUCGCGCGGCGGCAGCGGCGGCGGUGGCGGCGACGUGGACUUUGACACGCUGCUGAAGCUCGCCAAGCGAGCCGUCCACCAGAAGGAGCCACCACCGCUCGCUAAAUGACGGCAUGCGCCGGCUAGGAGUAUUUGCUUGCCGUCGUCGCCGGUUUCCUGACAGUGGCGCUACCUUGCUGUGCACUGCUAGGAUCCUGUGGUGCCCCCUGGCAUGUGAUGCUAGGCUGGUGGUGCCUCCACGUGGCACACUGCAUAGCGCUUGUAUUGUAUUGCGUGAUUGUAACCGCAAACGUGUCAAAAUUAGGCAUUGACGAAUGCGUAAACACGUGUCAACCCAUGUGUCAAUACAUACAUGUUAACACGCUAGUGCAUGCGUCAACGUGUGUAACUACAAAUCAACACGUGUCAACGUUGCACAUCAGCCUGUGUUAACACAGCAAUGCAUAUGUCAACGUGUGUAACUUGAUAGCAGACUGUGUCAACGUGUGUAACUUCACAGCAGACUGUGUUAACAUGUGUAACUUCACAGCAGACUGUGUUAACGUGUGUAACUUCACAGCAGACUGUGUUAACAUGUGUAACUUCACAGCAGACUGUGUUAACGUGUGUAACUUCACAGCAGACUGUGUUAACAUGUGUAACUUCACAGCAGACUGUGUUAAUGAGUGUAACUUUACAGCAGACUGUGUUAACGUGUGUAACUUCACAGCAGACUGU